AUGGAUACCAUGUCCCCUAACCUGGUAGCUGCGACAUCAUAUCAUCGAACAAAGACAAUUAUUCAACCAAAUACGCCACGGCUGAGCAGACAACAUGCUUUCAAUUCUCCUGUCAGCCUCGAUACAAACACACCUUCAAGUGGUACAACAUCUUCCUUUGCUAAUCAAGUCUUCAAAAACGUUAAUACACUGCAAAGUGGAUCAGACGUUUCAUCCAGAAGACAAUUAAAUGUUGGUGCUAUUCAAUCUAUGGCCGCCAAUCUAUUAAAAAAAUUCUCAAAUAUUGAUCAUUAUGGUGAGUCUUCAUCCACAAGCAAUAUUCACCGCAACACAAGUGUUAAUAACGAAGCAGAUGAAACCGUUGAAGAUGGAACAACGGAUGAUUCAAUAUCUGAUAGUGAUUGUGAGUUCAUAAAUGCAAAUCCUGACUAUGACACAGCAUCAACUCUUGAUGAUGAAGAAACCAUAGAACCAAACUAUGCGCCGCAAAACGUGAAAGAUUCUGGCUACUCUGAUAUCGGUGAUCCAAUUGUCGAAUGCAUACAUUGUGGAGCACUGAUGUGGUAUCAAGAGAAUACAGACAAACGAAAACAUAGUGUUGUACCCAAAUUCCAAUUAUGUUGUGGAAAUGGUAAAGUUGUGUUGCCGCUUUUGAAUGAACCGCCACUGUUACUAAAGCAUCUAUUGUCUGAUGAUAAUGAUUCAGACUGUAUAAACUAUCAGCAGUAUUGCAGAUUGUACAACAUUAUGUUUGCCUUUACGUCACCCGGAGUGAAGUUUGACAAUAGAUACCAAUCGGCAGGAGGACCGCCUAACAUAAGGAUACAUGGACAGAUUUGCCAUAGAAUUGGGAGCAUGCUCCCUUUAGAUGGAGAAACACCAAAAUUUGCACAGCUUUAUAUUUAUGACACUGAUAAUGAAAUCCAUCAUAGAAUGGAAGGAAUAGGUCAUAAUCCUAAUGUGAAUCCAGAAACGGUUGGAAAAUUGAAACUUAUGCUUGAUGAGUUCAACACACAUGCUAAAACAUUUAGGAUGGCAGCAGAUCGACUAAAAGAUUCUCAUGUACCCGAUCUAAAAUUGAAAUUAAUCGCCGAUCGAUCCAAGGACGGAAGAGUUUAUAAUCAACCAACAGUUUCUGAAGUUGUCGCACUUAUCGUUGGUGAUGUUGAUACAGGAUCUAAGAGACAUAUUAUACUUGAGAGACAGAGUGGGAGGCUGAAAAGGAUAAGUGAGUUUCAUCCAAGUUAUCUUGCUUUACAAUAUCCACUUUUGUUUCCAUAUGGCGAAGAUGGUUUUAGAAUCGGUAUUCUACACAGGGAAACAAAAGCAAAGAAAAAGAAGAAUAAACUUACUAUCAGAGAAUGGCUUACGUUUCGGAUUCAAACCAGAACAGCCGAAGCACACACACUUUUGAUGUCCAGAAGGCUUUUUCAGCAAUUUUUGGUUGAUGGUUUCACCAUGAUGGAGUCUCAAAGGUUGAAUUACAUACGCAAGCACCAGAAAAAACUAAGAGUUUCAAAAUACAAUAAUUUGAAUGGUCCAGAACAGAAUCAGAACUCUCAAGGAGCAAACAAGGGUAAGAGGGUUGUUUUACCAUCAACUUAUGUUGGAAGUCGAAGAUACAUGGAGCAAUUGUAUUUUGAUGGAAUGGCUAUUUGUAGUCAUAUUGGUUUUCCUGACCUUUUUAUCACAUUUACAUGCAAUCCAAUGUGGCCCGAAGUCAAAAGACUGUUUCACCCAAUGAGGUUGCAGCCCCAUGAUCGUCCCGACAUUAUAUCAAGAGUUUUUAAAAUUAAGUUGGAUGAGUUGUUGUUUGAUUUGACUAAGAAGCAUGUCUUAGGGAGAGUGGUUGCAUAUAUAUACACUGUUGAGUUUAAAAAGAGGGGUUUACCACAUGCUCAUAUUUUGCUAUUCAUGCAUCCGCAAAGCAAGUAUCCCACUCCUGAGGACAUAAACAACAUCAUUUCAACAGAGAUACCAUCAAAAGAAGAUGAUGUGGAAUUGUAUAAUCUGGUGAAGAGACACAUGAUUCACGGUCCGUGUGGUUUGGCAAACAUGCUGUCACCUUGCAUGAAAGACGCAAAAUGCUCUAAAUUCUUUCCAAAAAAAUGGCAGCCUCAGACCGUAGUUGAUCAGGAUGGAUAUCCUGUGUACCGAAGGAGGGAUACUGGAAACACUGUUACGAUAAAAAAUGUUGUUCUUGAUAACAGAUCUGUUGUUCCUCACAAUCCAUAUUUGUUGAAGAAAUUUCAAGCUCACAUUAAUAUGGAAUGGUGUAAUCAAGGUACUUCGGUUAAGUACUUAUUUAAAUAUAUAAAAAAGGGGUAUGACAGGAUUACCGCUGCUGUCGUAGGAGACAACGACAGUCCUUUGACCGCUAAAAAUGUCGAUGAAAUCAAGUAG